CAGGGUACGUAUGUGCGUGAUUACCUGUCGUGUAGACUACUGGGCAUAGACUUUCCCUUCCCCCCCUUAUCCCCCAUCUUUCUCUUCUCGUCAUUCCUAGCAUCGGUUAUCUCAAGCAUACUACUUGGCGUAUAGAGUUCACCAAUUCGCCACUGGAGGUACGAAGUACAUGGUCCAAGUCACAGCAAGAUGUCCAGGCAGAGAACUUCACUCAAGCUCUUUAUCCAACUGUCUGGUGCAGUAGGUUCUGGGAAGAGCACGAUAGCAAGGUCUAUCGCAGGCUUGAUCGGUGGAGUGGCCAUCGGCCAUGAUGUCCUCCGAUCCAAUUCUCUCGAAUCUGGCAUCUCGUUCCACGAGGCUGCACAGCAUCAUGCGUACCAGCUCCAAUAGAUAAUGAUACCUAGCUGACAGGAGCAGCAAACCCGAGCAGCAAAAAAAAAAAAAAAAAACACAGAGC